AGCUCUCCGCCCCUGCUUGCCCUGGGGGACUGCUCAUCCCUCCAACACCAGCCGGGCAUGGGUCACCACCGACAGCAAUCGGAUCUGUUUGGGCUGGCUGUGCAGACCCUGGUUUGUGUAUGUUUGGCUUCCCCGCCAGCUCGGUCCCACUGCAAAGGAGGGUGAGCCAGACUCUCUGAAAGGAGGGCUCCAGGAUCAUCUGCCCACGGGAGAAACCAGCCUGGUGGGAGAACGCAGGAAAGCAAGAACAUGACAGGCCACAGCCUCCAGCUGUCUCCCAGUGAGGAGGUACCGGGGUGUGUCCCUUCCACUGGGGUGCCAUCCGCGGUGCCCCUCAGGGGCUAGGCCAUGGAAGACGGACCAUGUCUGCCCUUCUUUGUCUCAGGCACCUUCUGGAGAGGGUCUGGCUGCUCAGCCCAUCAUGCCUGGCCUGUUUCUGACCUGGGAUAGACGGGGCUCCUCUUGAUCUCACCCUGUAACUGUCCGUGCAGGGCGAGUCUGGGUCCGGCGUUCCCUACCCUUCCCCGUGGCAGUAGACAAGAAAGAACUUGUGUCCCCAAAUCUGAGCGUGGCCUUGUCCCGGAGCCGCCAUGAGUCAUAGCCCCAGCUCCCGCCUGGCCGACUCACCUCAGCUCUCCAAGACCAGCCUCCUCCACAUCCUGGGCAGCCCCCAGCCCGAGGCGAUGAGCCUGCCCGACUCCAUGCCCCCCACCCCGCAGAGCGGGACCCCCUCUCCAGGCCCGCCCCAGCUCCCGCUGCUGGGCGCUGUGUGCCUGGACGGCGACUGGGAGAGCCGGGAGGAGCUCCGGCUGCGGGAGCUGGAGGAGGCCCGGGCCCGGGCGGCCCAGAUGGAGAAGACCAUGCGCUGGUGGUCGGACUGCACCGCCAACUGGCGGGAGAAGUGGAGCAAGGUGCGGGCGGAGCGCAACAAGGCCCGGGAGGAGGUGCGCCAGCUGCGGCAGAAGCUGGAGACCCUGACCAAGGAGCUGCCAGCCUGCAGCUGGAGCGGCAGGGCCAGCCUGAAGCGGGAGCGGCAGGAGGUGCUGAGCGAGAAGGAGCAGCUGGGCCAGGAGGUGGCGCGGCUGAAAGGGGAGGACGAGGAGGAGAAGGAGAAGGAGAAGGAGCUGGACAACAGGCUGGCCUCGGAGAAGGAGGCCGAGGGCUCCCAGGAGCAGGAACCCGUUCGGGAUGUGGGCUCCGACAAGCUGAGCAAAACCAAGGAGCUGGAGCUGAUGGAAACCAUCCUGAAGAGCAAACCGGAAGGGCCCGAGAGCUGGGACCAGCGGAGCUCCGUCAGCGUCCGGGCGUCCUUCGCCCGCACCGAGAGGAACCGGCUGCUCUGGGAGGACGUGAGCGUCAUCGAGGAAGAUGCCACCAAAGUGACCGCGCUGAAGCUGAGGCUGGAUGAGUCCCAGAAGGUGUUGCUCAAGGAGCGGGAGGACAAGCUUUCGCUCAGCAGGAGCAUCGAGAAGCUGGAGGGCGAGCUCAGCCAGUGGAAGAUCAAGUACGAGGAGCUGAGCAAAACCAAGCAGGAGGUGCUGAAGCAGCUGAACAUCCUGAAGGAGCUGCACCAGGACGAGCUUGGGCGGAUCUCGGAGGACCUGGAGGACGAGCUGGGGGCUCGCUCCAGCAUGGACAAGAAGCUGGCGGAGCUGCGCACAGAGGUGAGAGGCAGCGGGGGGGGGGGCAUCUCCUGCAUCUGGCUGAGAUUUCACAGCCCACGGACAGAGUUCACAGGAAGGCUGAUGAGCACCGGGCACUGUGGCUCGGCAAACCCCCUUGAGAGAGUCAAAUGCCGUGGGCGCGGGGAGACCGAGAAGCUGAACCUGGAGCGGGAGAACAAGAAGCUGCGGGAGCAGAUUGAGGACCUGGAGGAGGUGCUGGCCCGGAAGCGCCGCCAGACGGCCAGCGCGCUGGACACCGACCUCAAAACCAUCCAGGCUGAGCUCUUUGAGAGGAACAAGGAGCUGGCCGACCUGAAGCACAUCCACAGCAAGCUGAAGAAGCAGCACCAGGAGAAGACGGCCGAGCUGGCGCACGCCAACCGCCGGGUGGAGCAGCACGAGGGGGAGGGGAAGAAGCUGCGUCUGCGGGUGGAGGAGCUGAAGAAGGAGCUGGCCCAGGCGGAGGACGAGCUCGAUGAAGCCCACAACCAGGCACGGAAACUGCAGAGGUCCCUGGAUGAGCAGACAGAACAAAGCGAGAACCUCCAGGUGCAGGUGGAGCAUCUGCAGUCCAGGCUGCGCCGGCAGCAGAACCCGCCGCUCUUCGGGAAGAUCCGCAGCUCCCGCUUUGGCCCCGAGGACCCCGGGGACGGGACCAGCGACCUCGACGAAGAUGAAGAUCUACAGCUCCAGGUGGCUUAGUGCCUGCGCAGGGCCAGCGAGACGGUGGCUGGAGGAGAGCGCGGGACGUGCCUGGCAGGCUGGAUCCUCAGGGAGGCUAAUCCCUGCAGGAGCCGCUUCAGGGGCAGCUCAGCCCCCCGGGGCAGUCAGACCAGGAGCCAGCAGAGAGCGUGUCCAGAUACAGCCUCAGGUCCUGCUGGCCUGGGCCAGCCCCAGUCUGGGGGGCCUGGAGAGGAGCCCCCCACUGAAACACCUGUGCCAGGGGCAGGGUCUCUUCUACCCGAGGGGGCUUUGCAUACGCAGGGGGAUGAAGGUUAUAACAAGAUAAGCGGGAGAAGCCGGGAGGAGCCAGGCUGCCAGGCAUGAAUUAGUGGCCCUGGCUGGACACCGGCAUCGGUGCCACUAUAUAAACAAUGCCAGCAGCGGUCUGUGCAUUGGGUGGUGCACAGCGCAGCCUCCCCCCCUUCCGCCCCACCUCGCCAUCCCUGCCUGGAACCCCCUCCCCAAAUCUAGCCUCAUGCCUCUGCCCUGCCUCCUAGCACCGGGCUUCCACCACCCAGGCCCCCAGCCACCGCCUCGGUUCCAGCCUCGCUUGGGAACAAUGUGCCUCUCAGCAUCCCAUGACCUCCCUUUUACCGCUAGGGAAACUGAGGUACAGGGAGGGGCAGCAGAUCAUGGCUCUCCAAGGCCUGCACCCCGCCUUCCGCUCCGUGUGCCCUCCCUGUCGACGGCCUCUCCCACCUCACGUGCCCCUUGCCGCAGAAACAGGCCCUGCAGGGAGCGCGGGGAGUCCGAGGCUGAGCUCACCCGCCUGAGCCCGGCCCCUGGAGCACAGCGCACAAGCCG